AGCCGGGCAGCCGGGCAGCCGAGCGAGGGCAGCCAGAGGCUACAGAGCCCCUCGCCCUGCCCACCCUCUGGACUUUGAGCUGGAACUGCCUCGCGUGAGGGUCCGGAGGAAGAGGGGCAGUAGGUCUGGGUCGCCCCGUGGCCCAACCCGUGCAGUUUGAGCUUCUUCCUGGCUUCGCUUGAAGCCUUAAGAAGUCAGAACAUAAUUAAGAAGAAGUGUUUAUGUAUCCUUUCUGUUUCUGGACACCUUUUAACGCAUCACUGGUCCCUUACAUAAAUGCUAAAGGCUUUUAAACUCUGAAGACUGGAAGACGUAAAUUUUGCUUUGAAUAUUCGUGGUCAAAAGUAGAUGUACCAGAUCUUUUGGAUGAGCAAAAGGAUAAAAAGACUGAAGAAGUCCUGAAGAUUGAUGGAGGGCCAUGCUAUUCAAACAGCAGGCGUUGCUGAGACAGAAGCUCCUUGUGCUAGGCAGCCUUGCUAUUGGAAGCCUUCUAUAUCUAGUUGCCAGAGUUGGGAGCUUGGAUAGACUGCAACCCAUUUGCCCUAUUGAAGGCCGAUUUGGACUCCAUGGGCAAGAUGAAAUCCCACUCAGAGCUCUCCAGUUUAAGCGUGGGUUGCUACAUGAAUUCCGAAAGGGUAAUGCCAGCAAAGAGCAAAUUCGACUUCACAGUUUGGUCCAGCAAAUCCCCAAGGCCAUAAUAAUUGGAGUGAGGAAAGGAGGAACCCGAGCACUACUCGAAAUGCUAAAUCUUCAUCCGGCAGUGGUCAAAGCUUCUCAAGAAAUACACUUCUUUGACAAUGACGAGAACUAUGCCAAGGGCAUUGAGUGGUAUAGAAAAAAAAUGCCAUUUUCAUACCCUCAUCAAAUAACAAUUGAGAAAAGCCCUGCAUACUUUAUCACAGAGGAGGUACCUGAAAGGAUUUAUAAAAUGAACUCAUCCAUCAAAUUACUGAUCAUUGUCAGGGAACCCACAACAAGAGCUAUUUCUGAUUACACUCAGGUGCUGGAGGGAAAGGAAAGGAAGAAUAAAACCUACUACAAAUUUGAAAAGUUGGCCAUUGAUCCUAAUACCUGUGAGGUGAACACUAAAUACAAGGCAGUAAGAACCAGCAUCUACACAAAACAUCUGGAGAGAUGGUUAAAAUAUUUUCCCAUAGAGCAGUUUCAUAUUGUUGAUGGUGAUCGUCUCAUUACAGAACCACUGCCAGAACUCCAGCUGGUAGAAAAGUUCUUAAAUCUUCCUCCAAGGAUAAGUCAAUAUAAUCUGUAUUUCAAUGCCACCAGAGGGUUUUACUGCUUGCGAUUUAACAUUGUCUUUAACAAGUGCCUGGCGGGAAGCAAGGGACGCAUUCAUCCAGAGGUAGAUUCCUCUGUCAUUACCAAAUUGCGCAAAUUCUUUCACCCUUUUAAUCAGAAAUUUUACCAGAUCACAGGGAGGACAUUUAACUGGCCCUAAAAUAAACUUCCUACAACACUGUGUGUUGCACCUGGAGAUAUGCAACCAUAUCUCUAUUAGAGUAUAAAAAAUAUGCACUUUUCAUACACUCAGCUAUCAAAGUAAUCUUUUUUCAUGUGUACUUGUACAUAUGCAGUGUGUGACCAAAUAUAAGAUGGGAUCAAUUUUUCUACAGAACAGUGCAUAACAUAAAAUUUACUCUCUGCAUAAUUGCAUCAUUUUAUGCUGUACAAUUAAAUGAGAAAAUGUCAUUUAAAGAAAUUAACUCAGCUACUCAGUUCAAAGGGUCAGUACUCUACUUGCUCCAUAAAAUUUAAUAUUAAACGUGUCUAGAGAGAGGCAGAAUAUUGCUUCAAAAUUCACUGCAAUUCUAAUUCACUGCAAUUAGAAUUCAUUUUGGAAAAUCUGCAAUGAAAUAUUAUGGAAAUAUAUUUCUAAAAGAAUAUUGGCCCUUUUAAAUGAAUACAUUUAUGCUUCAGGCUUAUACUGGCUUACCAGUGCUCCCUAGGAAACCCAAUGUGCUCUAUUUCAGUAACAAGAAGGGGCUAAUAAAAUUUUCUUAAUGAAUAAUUCUCACUGAAUAGAAUUUCCAUGAAUUGGGGAAGGGGGCAAUUAUGCCCAUUAAAUGGAUGAAAAGCCAAUAUAAGUUUGCUAUAGGAUUAUACCCUAUAUGAUGCUAAGUUCUUUUGAAAAAUCUUUUCCUAGUGUUGAAAAGAAAUUUUCUCAUGCAAUCAACAUUGUUUCAAAUUUCCUGUGGUGAGUUUGCACUAUUGUUUUUAUUAUAUGGAUCAUCUUGGCACUUAGAGCAUGUCAAUCAUGUGUCAAAAAGGAAGUCUUUUUUUUCCCCUUCUAUGCUUGUAUGUUGACAAAAAUUUGAUGUACAUAUUGUAUAUUGUUUGUAAAUAGUGGUUUCACACUAAGUAAUUCUAUUUUGUAAACUAAAUAUGGCUAUUUAAUUUAUUG